GGCAUAUCAAUUCAACUAAUAUAAAAGGAGGUUCAUAAGACUUAUUUUUUUACAUUAUAAGCCUUGAUUUCCUUGGUGCUUCAUUGGUUCUUCAAUAUUGAUUGAUAUGGGUGUCAUCGAUCUCGUUAGCCCAUUGGUCAAUGCUGCCACUCCUUACUUGGUGGAUCCCAUCGCACGCCAAUUCAAGUACUUGUUCAUGCUCAGCAACAAUGUGAAAGCCAUGACGGAUGCCAUGGAUGAAUUGAGAGCCAAAAGGGUGAGCACUGAGCAAGACAUUCAAAAAGCUGAGUUAGAAGGCAAAACUUGCUCCCCAGACGUAGAGCUUUGGCUUCGAAAGGUGGACGCCUUUGAUCAGCGUGAAGUGACUGCCAUCGAGCAAGAAUAUUAUCAAAGAACAAAUUGCAUCGCAAUGCCUUCACUCAAUAUAGCUUCAAAUUACAAGCUUGGCAGGCGAGCUUUCAGUAAAAAGGAAGAAAUGAUGGAACUACUUGAAAAAGCAACGAAGUUUGAUGUUGUGGCCAAGAAAUUGCCUCCGGGUCCUGCGAGAGAGUUGGCAACUCCUUCAAUGGUCUCAAAUCAAAAUUCAAACCUUGAGACAAUAUGCCAAUAUCUCAAAGAAAACAUGACUGGGAUCAUUGGGAUAUGGGGCAUGGGAGGGGUCGGCAAAACCACACUCUUGAAGAGCAUCAACAAUGAAUUCUAUCUCUCAAAAGAUGGCAUGUUUGAUCAUGUCAUUUGGGUUGUGGUUUCUCAAGAUUACAGCUAUCAAAAGAUUCAAUCCGAUAUUGCCAAGAAUUUGGGAUUGACAUCUACCAAUGCUAAUGCAAUCCAUGAUUUUUUGAAAAGGAAAAGUUUCCUCCUACUGCUGGAUGAUCUCUGGAGUAAGCUUGAUCUCGAGAACAUUGGGGUGCCUCAGCCUAAAUUAAUGCAUCAUGAUCAAGACAAGCACAAGAGGAUGGUGGUGUUCACAACACGCUCGGAGAAUGUUUGUGGUGACAUGGAGGCCAACAAGACGAUCAAAAUGGAAUGCUUGGUUCCUGAUGCUGCAUGGCGUUUGUUCAAAGCCCAAGCCGGUGAAGAACUCAUUGCAUCUGAUAAUCUAAUUCAACAGCAUGCAAAGGAUAUUGUGAGGGAAUGUGCUGGUUUGCCACUUGCUCUUGCCACAGUUGGCAAAGCCAUGCGCAUCAAGAAGACAGAACAAGAAUGGGAGUAUGUGGCUAGCAUGAUGAGGAAAUCAAAGUAUUCAGGCAUUCCAGGUAUGAGGAAGGAAUCAGACUUUUUUCCUAUUUUGAAGUUCAGUUAUGACAAUCUGGAGAGCGAUCUUCUGAGACAAUGCUUCUUGUAUUGUUCCUUAUGGGGUGAGGAUGUGGAAAUAGAUACUGAUGAUCUCAUAGAAUGUUGGAUGGGCCAUGGUUUGUUAGAUGAUUUUGAUGACCUUGGUGAAGCUUACAACAAAGGUGGGAUCUUCAUUGGAAACCUGAAAGAAGCAUGCUUAUUACUAGAAUCAGCUACCCCAUUUCGGUAUCAUAAACACAAGAGCUUUGUAAAGCUUCAUGAUGUGAUUAGAGAUCUUGCCUUAUGGAUAACUUCAGAUUGUGGGAGAAACAAGAAAGGUUGGUUGGUGCAACCAAAAUCAUCCUUAGAAAGAUUACCAGAGGAUGUCAUCGAUAGGGAAGUGAUUAACAUUUUAGUUAGCAAUAUGAAAGCAUUGGAUGGAUUUAUUAAUUUCCAUAAGCUCAAAACAUUGAUUCUCUCCAAAGAAAUUGUGGGACGACAUCGUAUUUCUCCUGAACUCUUUACAAAAAUGCCUUGCCUCAAGUUUUUGGAUCUAAGUCGUGCUCGUAUGGACACUUUGCCUAAAGAGAUUGGUAAGCUUUUUGGACUGGAAUAUUUCAAGUUACCAUCACAACUCAGAUCUUUAUCCACUGCUUUGGGUGAUUUGAAGAACUUGAAGUAUCUAUAUUCUUUCCCUCAAUAUAAGUUACAGAUUCCUUAUGGGCUACUAACAAGGCUAACAAAGUUGCGAGUAUUGGAUCUAUGUUCCACUGCCGACGUCUACCUUGAAAAAAGACAUGUGGAUGAGUUGCUGAUCUUAAAAGAAUUGAAAGGAGUGGGGAUUAACAUAAGACGCAUUUCUACGUUGGAAAGGCUAUGUCUUGUUCCAAAAAGGAGACUUCGAUUGGGCUACUUGGAUGAUGCACCAGAUUUUACUUCCUUCAGCAUAUCUCCGUCACAGCUUGGAAGCAACAGCAAGACAAACCUUCAACAAUUCCAAAUUUUCAAUAUUCAAAGCUUACAAGAAUUGGUGAUGACAACAGAAGGUGACAGUUCUUGGUGCCUUUCUCACCUCAAUGCCUUUAGUUUAAGUAAUCUCCCUCAGCUAAAGAAUGUCAUUUGGAAGGAUUUGGAAGCACACUUUUUUCUCCCUGUGCUGGCUUACUUAAAUAUCUUUAAAUGCAAAAGCUUGACUAGCUUGUGCUGGACUGCUGACCUACCACAUCUUAAAGAACUCCAAAUAUCUACUUGUGAUGAACUGAAGAGUAUUAUUAAAACUAGUGAUGAUGCUACAAAGGUGAUUGAAGAAGAAGGGAACCUUUUCAAGAGCCUCAAGUCAUUGGAUCUUUGGGAUAAUCCAAAUUUGGAAUGCAUAUACGAGGGAGAUCUAUCCCUGUCUUCCAUUGAAAAGAUUUCUUUGGGAGGGUGUUCCAAGCUGAGAAAGCUCCCACUUGGAUUGGACAGUGCUAAAACCCUAGAGUACAUAGAUGUCGAUAUUGACAUGUGGGACAACAUGGAUUGGGCACACAAGGAUCACUUCUCCCAUUUUGUGGGUAAGCGCAGCCGGUUAAGACGAUUUAUACAAUUUAUGUAGCUGAGUCACAAUAGCGUUUCUGUUUUAUUUCAUGUAACCCUAUAAAUUAUGUUGAUUUUGUUUACCUCUAAAUGACAAAUGCUCCUUGUGUGAUCCUGCCCCCUGUAAUAAAGUGUCUGGUUCU